AUGUCAUCCACGUGGGAAGUGCGCUUCAGCAACUCGAAGCAGCUGCCUUACUUUCACGAUCCCAGCACUGGCGCAUCAUCCUGGGAGCCUCCUUCAGAGCUAUCGGACUCUCAGAUCAGAUCCUUGCCCGGUGCGGCGCAAUACUUGGGUGGAGCGGCCAGCGCUACCAAUGGAAGCUCGGCAGCUGGACAUGCUGGCCAAGUGAGGGCUAGCCAUUUGCUGGUCAAGCAUCGAGAGAGCAGAAGACCCAGCUCGUGGAAAGAGGUGAGUGUAUGCGCGGCUAUUUGUGCGCGGCUAUUUGUAGCGGCAAGUGGGGGCACGCUCCUCGUUUCGCUCUGCUCACUUGAUGCUCAUCAUGUCCGCUUCCUCUUCCAUCCACGCAGUCGAACAUCAUCCGCAGCCCUGCUGAAGCGGAGGAGAUCCUCAAGGGUCAUUUGACCUCCCUUGGCGCCAACCCUACACCGGAGAAGUUUGCCGAGUUAGCCAAGGUCCACUCGUGAGUGGCGAUCAGUUGUGCCGCGCUCCAAGCCGUCCGCUGCUUGAGGCGAACUACUUUGCUGCCGAGCACACACUACUCGAGCCGCGCGCUCCAAUGCAUUGUUUCCAGUCUGACCAUCAAGGCUUCCCCAUCGUCACUGGGCUCCUGCACAGGGAUUGCUCGUCGGCCAGAUCAGGUGGAGAUCUCGGUUUCUUUGGCAAGGGACAAAUGCAGAAAGCGUUUGAGGAUAAUACGUACGCUCUUCAGGUCGGCCAGCUCAGCGAUAUUGUCUCUACCGACAGCGGCAAGCAUCUCAUCCUGCGUACCGCAUGA